AUGAAGGCCUGUGUCGUCUUCUCCGUGCUGGGUGCCGCUGUUGCCCCAGCAUUCGCCAGUGUUGUCGCCCGUCAAUCCAAGGGAAACCUACCACCAGUCACCGUUCGAGGCAACGCCUUCUUCGCCGGCGACGAGCGAUUCUACGUCCGCGGUGUCGCCUACCAGCCAGGUGGCGCGGCCGACGCGGCCGAUCCGCUGCUUGACCUCGAGGGUCUUAAACGCGAUGUUGAGAACUUCAAGUCGCUCGGCAUCAACACCAUCCGUAUCUACACCAUCGACAACUCUCAAAACCACGACGAGGGUAUGAAGAUGCUCGAUGACGCCGGUAUCUACUUGGCGCUCGAUGCCAACACACCCGACUACUCUCUCAACCGAGAGAACGAGGACACUCUCCACCGUUCGUACAACGAUGUUUACCUGCAAUCUGUCUUUGCUACCAUUGACGCGUUUGCCGACUACAACAACUUGCUCCUCUUCUUUUCCGGAAACGAGGUCAUCAACGCGAGGAACAACACCAACGCUGCUCCUUACAUCAAGGCCGUUACUCGUGACAUGAAGCAGUACAUCUCCAACAGGCACAACCGUGUCAUUCCCGUCGGAUACUCGGCUGCUGAUGUUGCUGAGAACAUCGAGUCCCAAGCCCUUUACUUCAACUGCGGUACUGAUGACGAGCGCUCCGACUUCUUUGCCUUCAACGACUACUCGUGGUGCGACCCCUCGUCUUUCACCGAGUCUGGAUGGGACGCCAAGGUCAGGACGUACAGCGACUACAGCAAGCCUAUCUUCCUGUCUGAGUUUGGCUGCAUCACCAACCAGCGCAACUGGGGUGAGAUUGAGGCUUUGUACUCGACAAACAUGACGGGUGUCUACUCUGGUGGUCUCGUCUACGAGUACACUGUCGAGCCCAACGGUUAUGGUCUUGUCGAGGUCAGCAGCAACGGCGACAUUGAGCCCAACGCGGACUUUGAGCGUCUUGCCGAGGCUUACAAGGCGACUGCUAACCCUCGCGGCGACGGUGGCUUCAGGGAGAACGGCGAGGCGUCCGAGUGCCCUGCUGAGUCUGAUGAAUGGCACGUCGAGGGCACCUCCCUCCCUGCUAUCCCUGCCAACGCUGUCAAGUUCAUGGACGAAGGUGCUGGUGAGGGACCCGGUCUCGAGGGUGAUGGCUCGCACUUUGCUGGCGAACCCAGCGAGUCUACUGCUACCCCCGGAUCUGGCAACCCCACCCGCUCGCCUACUCCCGGCUCCACUGGCAGCGCUGGCAACAACGAAGGUGCUGCUGCUGGUCUCGAUGUGCCCCUUCGUUUCGUCGGCAUGAUCGCAGCCAGCGCUCUUUUCGGCGCUGUCCCAGACGCCCAAACCUUCCCGUCGCUUCCACGCCUGUUUUUCCGCUCAACAACGUAUUACCCCGCCAUGGACGACGCCCGCAAAGGCGACGCCGCGCUCAGCGCAAGCAAGCCCGAAGAAGCGAUUGAGCACUACACAAAGGCUCUUUCAGUCAACCCCGCCGCCGUCAAGUACUACAUCGGUCGCGCCACAGCUUACCAGCGUACUUCCAAAUAUGCCGAGUCCCUCAGCGAUGCCGAACUCGCCGUCGUCUUCGCUAAGAAACGCGGCUCGCGCGAACUCAUCAAGGACGCCCAAUUCCGCCGCGCCGUCGCCUUGUUCCACCUCGGAAAAUACGCAGAUGCCGAGUACCUGCUGAAGAUUGUGAAGGGACUUGAUGAAAAGGACAAGAUGCUGCCCAUCUGGGAGGCCAAGGUCGCAACCAAGCUGAAGGAUGUUCCGCACGACGAUGAGAAGAGGAACAUCACUAUCAAGGAGACACCAGACGUCGACAUGCCCAGCACUCCAGCACCUGCUGCACCCCCCACGGCUUCACAACCCGCCUCGACCCCAGUCCAGGCCCCGAAGCCUGUUGCGCCGACCCCGAAAGACAAGAUCAAGACUGACUGGUACCAGUCGCCUGAAGUUGUCACGCUUACUAUCAUGGCCAAAGGCAUACCCAACGACAAACUGAGCGUCGAGUUCGAAGAACGAUCCGUGUCCGUCUCUUUCCCCAUCGUCGGCUCAUCGUCAGAAUACAGCUACAGCGCAGACCCUCUAUACGAGAAGAUCGACCCCUCGCAAUCCAAAUUCCGAGUCACGCCCACCAAGUUGGAGAUUACAAUGCGAAAGGCAACUACCGGUCUGAAAUGGCAUGAUCUCGAGCACCCCGAUGGCCACGUUACCACUACCCAAGCCCCCGAUGCGACCCUCGCCGCCCGCACCACCAAGGACACAGCUCCCGCAUACCCAACAUCCUCCAAGUCAGGUGCAAAGAAUUGGGACAAGGUGGUAGUCAAUGAUCUCGACGACAAAGACGAAAUUGAAGGCGAUGAGACGUCACACUUUUUCAAGCAGCUGUACAGCGGCGCUACACCUGAGCAGCAGCGCGCCAUGAUGAAAAGCUACCAGGAAAGCGGCGGUACAGUGUUGAGUACCGACUGGAGCAACGUUGGCAACAAGACCGUGGUACCCGAACCACCUGAGGGCAUGGAGGCGAAGAGAUAUUCUGGAUAA